AUGAAUACUUCUAACAAUUGUAUAACUAUUGAACAACUUCAAGUCUACGAAUCAAAAUUAUAUUUCACCAUUUUACUUUGGAACUGUUUCAUAGCCAUGAUCACCCUAGUUACCGUAACUCUAGGAAUCCGAAAACUUCUCAAAAAAUCAAUAUUACCUUCAUCAAUUCGAACAUUUCUAAUAAUCUCGUUAAUCUUCGGAAUGAUUCAUCAAAUCGCAUAUUUUUGGAUGAAAAUUCGAUUGAUCUUCCGGAUUUUCUCACAUGAUCCUUGUGCAAUUCCUGAAAUCUCAUUUGAUUGUCGAUUUAUUUCCACGGGAACUUUGGCUGGAAAUUGUGGAAUUAUACUGAUUCAAUCUUUUAUGUCAAUUGAUCGAUUCAUUGCCACGUGGUUUUCCAGAUUUUAUGCGAAGUUUCAGCAUAUUUUGACGGGUGCGAUUAGUUUGGUUAUUGUGAGUUUUGAAAUAGUGAAUAUUUUAUAGCAUUAUUGCAAGUUGAAUAGCAAAAAUCAAAUAUUUCCGAAAAUAUUAUCAAGAAAUUUUGAAACAGUGGAAAAUUUUUAAACAUAAAAAAAACAUUUUUUUAAUUACACGGGCAAAAUGAAAUGGGUCCGCAGCGGGUCCGCUGCGGGCCCAUCUCUAAAAUGGCCCCGCAGCGGGGCCAUUGUGGGGCCACAUCUGAGCCACACAUCGCUAUGGUGGUUGGUUGGUGGCUCCACCGGUGGGGCGUCGGCGGGUGUUGGUGGCGCAAUGAUUUUUUUCAAACUAAUUAUCACUCUUUCGAAUAGUUGAGACAAAUUUGAGCAUGGGAGGUCGUUCAGGAGGGUCGAGAACAUAUAUUUCGACUUCAAAAUUGAAAAAAAUCUUCCUAACUUUGUUUCGGUCUUCUGACCCGCAGCAGAGCCGCCGCGUGGCUGUGUAAAAAUAUGUAGAAAGGACAAUAUUUUGAACAUAUGUUUUAUAUAUUUUCUUUAUACUAACCCGAUAUCGACAGAACCAUCCGAAAAAUCAAAGGCUUUGAAAGCCGAAAAAUCUUCAAAGCCUAAAAUCACCGGUUAGCGGAAAAUUAGUACUUCGAACUUACAAAAAUCUCAAUUUAUUUUUUGUUAGAAACUUUUUAACAACGGAUAAAAAUCAUCGUACACAAUUCACUAAAAAACCAAUAAAUUAUUAAUUUUUGUGAAAAAGUUCAAAAAACUUCUCGAAUUUUUUCUGAUGGUUCCAUGAUGGAACUUCCAACCACCUUUCAAAUUCUAAAUUUUUCGAAAAAUGUGAAGUUUUGAAAUUUUGGCAUGAACGAGUGAUUUUUAGUAAAUUAACAACGCUGAACAUUUUUCAGUACUCGGUUUAUACAGAAAACUGUUUCCCGCUGAGAUAUAAUGGCUUUUUGGAGCCUUUCUGUCGAUUUUCGGAAUUCUGGGGAAAAACUAUUGAAUUAAUGAUUUUCAGGAGGGAAGUUUGAAAAUGCAGUACCACGUGCCUUUGCUCUAAUCAUACUUUUCGUUUCAAACCGACUUUACUUCGAAAAUAUUAAUUUUAUGCUUGAAAAACUAGAAAAAAAUGCAUUUGUUACUGUAGCGCGCGAAAUGUGUGCAAACACACACACACACACACACAUUUUAUUUGACGCGCACUUAUUUUUGUUUUUCGUUUUUCCUAUUUGUCCUAUUUUAACGCUUUUUUCUUGUUUCUUCCAAGUUUUACAUGAUUUUACAUGAUUUUACAGGUAUACAAUGGGCAACAAGUCAUCUGCAUCAAGAAGAAUUUGGAGAAUUCCGAAAAAAAGUAAGAAAAAUCAUGAAAUUAGGAAAAACAAAGAAAUUCGAUUUUUCAGGGCGCCGCCUUCACAAACAGUUCAAUUAUAGGAGCGAACUAAAAGAUAGUGCUGUUAGUGGAUUGGUCGAAUAAAAUGGACUGUUGGUGAGUAGUUUUUUGUUUUUGAGCGAGUAAAUUUCAAACUCGACAUUCUAUGAUUUUGUGAACUUCAAGUCUGACCAUUUGUAUUGCAAGAAGCAUCUGCUUAUGUUUUACACAUGCCAAAUUUAGUAAAUAUUCAAUAUCAAAAUGAAAAGGCUGUGAAGAGCUGAACAAAUUACAUGUUUCUCUCAAGACAUACAUAUGUCUCGGUGGAGAAUGCUAAACCAGUUUUCAACCCAAAAUUGGCCGAAAUGUUGAUAAAAGUUUGGUGAAACUUUAGCUAAGUGUCAUCCGACUCUAGCAUCCAUACGUAUUUUAUAACAUAGAAAUUAAAUGAGAAAUUUAUUGAAAAGAAUGAUAGAAAACUUGAAGUCUUUGGAUAAUUGAAUCACCAUUGCUUGUCGAUGUUUUACAUUUCACAAAACAUUUGAAACUGUAUUACGAAAUCGAGCACAAGUUUCAGAAUAUUAUUCAGACUUGGAAAGAAACAAAAUCAUAGAAAUCAACAAAACUAUACUUGUCAUACUAACUUUUUUUCAGACAUCACCCACCAACACCAAAAAUGUCGACUUCAGAUGACAUCUGCCAACAAUCGAUUUUGGACAACGUCGGACUAA